AAUGUGCCAUGAAGUUGCGUUACACCUACUCCUAAAACUUUAUUCUUCCAUGCCCCCACUCUUACAACAUCAUCUACCUUUACAUUCUUCCUUCCCUUUCCCUUUCUUUUCCUUUCUACUUUCAUCAUUCCCUCCAACAUCUCUUUCUCUCUCUCAGCAACGUAAUUGACUGCUUGAUGGCCUGAAACUAGAACCAGAGCUAGCUGCUCAACCUGAAAACUUUUCAAGCUGCCUGUAUCUGUCUAUCAAUGGCGAAAACCAUUGGAUCAGUAUUCUUCAACAAAUUCCUUUCUCUUUUCAUCCUUCUUCUCCACCUUGGUUGCUUCAUUUUCACCGCCAAAGACCACCACAAACCAGCCAAGAAACGCAAAGCCUCUCCUCUUUCUCUUCCCCCUCCUUCUCUCAAACCUAACAAAGCUCUUUCCUCGACUUGGUCUUGUCUCAAACGCAUCUUCUCUUCCUCUAAAGCCAACUGCAAAAACACCAUCCAAACACACCCUACAGCAACAACAACAACACCGACGUUAACCUCCGCAAGAAACUCCCAACAAUCCCUUGUAUCCAUGAUAAUCCCACCUGAAACUCAUUUAUCCGAGAGUCCUCCUACACGUCAUGAAAAAACAUCCGGGUCUUGUCCAGAAUCCGACAUCUCAUCCGACAACCAGUUUUUCCCUCUACGUAACGAUAUCUUCCCAUGCACAGCUUGCGGUGAGAUUUUCCAAAAACCCCAUUUUCUUGAACAACACCAAGCAACAAAACACGCCGUAUCCGAACUCAUUGAUGGCGAUUCGGGCAAGAACAUAGUUCGGAUCAUAUUCAAAACAGGUUGGACAGACAAAGUUAAGAACCCUGAAAUCCACCGUAUUUUAAAGAUCCAUAACAGCCCGAAGAUUCUGGCAAGGUUCGAAGAGUACAGAGAGCUUGUCAAAGCCAAAGCCGCAAGAAACGGUAUAGGAAGACGAUACGAGAGAUGCAUCGCUGAUGGGAACGAGCUGUUGAGAUUUUACUGUUCAACUUUCAUGUGUGAUUUGGGACUUAAUGGGAGUUCCAGCAUUUGCAAUCAACAGUAUUGUAGCAUCUGUGGGAUAAUUAAGUCCGGUUUCUCACCCAAAAUGGACGGAAUCCCCACGCUAUCUACGAGCUGGAGAGCACACGUGGCGAUCCCUGAGGAUGUCGAGGAAGAAUUCAAGUUCAUGAACGUGAAACGGGCCAUGCUGGUCUGCAGGGUCGUGGCGGGUCGGGUCGGAUCGGAAGGGGAAGAAAUAGACAAGGAGGAUGGUGGGUUUGAUUCGGUGAUAGGGAGGGGAGGAGGGAGUGGGGCACAUACCAAUGUAGACGAGGAAGAGUUGUUGGUUUUCAAUCCAAGGGCUGUGCUUCCUUGCUUUGUGAUUGUGUACACUGUUUGAGUGUGAGAGUGUAUGUUUUUACCUCUUCUGCUUGGACCCAAAAACAAGAAAGGGUUACAGCCAAAAUUAACCAAAUGAUGUGGAGUGCUGUGAUGCUAUGAUAGAAUAUGUCUGCUGUGUUAAUUAGGAUAACUUGUGUAUCAGAGAAUGUGAUGUAAAUCUUCUGUUUGGAUCAGAUUAGUAGCUCUUUUUCUCUCUCUUUUUGUAUUUAUAUAAGUCAGUUUUGAAUGAUGUUAGAUCUAAUUUCAAGUUUACAGUCUAUUUAUUUUGCCAUUUUGUUAUAAAUUUGAAAGAGUGAACUCAACUCAGAACCAAGGCUGCUCCAUCUGAUACACAAACUUGCUAAUGUAAAUGUACUUUCUGAA